AUGGAUCCAACAGGCUCAUGUGUUAUUUUCGAGAAAGCUUUACUGCCAAAGUGUUUGUGCAGAGCGUUAGCAGAAAAUUUCGAUUUUGAGAAGUUCCGUAGAAUUUGUAUCCUAGCCGGAUGCGAUUACUUGCAGGCUGGUCUUCCAGGAGUUGGUUUAGUUAAAGCAGCAACUUUUUUUGCGAAAACCAAUGGCAAGAAUUUGUACCAGGUACUGCCUCGCCUUCCUCGAUACCUCAAUAUGAAUUCACUGAAAAUCACGAAACAGUUUAUUUCUGACUUUAUUCGUGCCGAGAACACAUUCCUUUAUCAAGUGGUUUUCGAUCCUAUUGAAAGGAAGCAGCGCCCACUGCACGAUUAUCCACUCAGCCAGCGUUCCAACGAAAAUGAUUCUGACUUCCAUUCGAUUAACAGUCAGGAGAGUGAUUGCGAUUUUUCAUACGCCGGUGAAAUUCAACCGCCUGAGCUCGCCCUAAGUCAUGCGCUGGGAAAUUUGCCGGGCAGUUCGCAGACUGAAAAAAUACGUCUGCCUGAGAGCGUGCCUGACUGGUCGAUUUGGAAUCGCAACUACAAAUGUGGCAAAGUGUUGCAGAAAAAGGAACUUGCGAAGGAGGAACCUUUGGAAAGACCUUGCGGUGCAUUUACGGUUACAUCGACUGAAGCAUUUGCGACUGUGGCGGAGGAAGUGCCUCCUAAAAAAGCUCGUUCUAUUUUUGAUGUUGACACCGACGUGAAUGUUGUUGCCGGUGCGCCUGCAGUUAACAAAACGAUAACAGUUGGCAGCAGCGCAGCGUGUAGCAAAUAUUUUAUGAACAAAGGAUCAAAAACAAGUGGUCUUUCACGGCGUUCACUUUCUUCUGCCCGUGUCACAUCCAUUGCUUCGAUGUCAGAAUUAAGCCAGGUAUGCACCGUCUAA